AUGGCGCUGGAGACGUCCAGCGGGUAUGCCGCUCACAACAACCUGAUCGAGCCUCCGGAGUCGUACCCUAUGUUCGACAUUAAACAUGUCCAGCUCCAAUUCCCACUCGCCGCCGAUUUUGUCGCUGCGCAGGUAGCCGACAACGUUCUUAUCUUGGCUUUGUCGACGGGACGUAUCCUGCGCAUUGACCUAAACAACCCGGAACACAUUGAUGAUGUUGACCUCCCGAAGAAAUCGUCGGAGAUAGGCGUGAUACGUCGAAUGUUCCUCGACCCUUCUGCUUCCCACCUGAUCGUCACCACAACAUUAGGCGAGAACUAUUACCUUCACACCCAAUCCAGGCAGCCAAAACCACUGUCGCGGCUCAAGGGACUUUUCAUUGAAAGUAUUGCAUGGAGCCCCUCUUUGCCGACAGCUUCUACAAGAGAAAUACUCGUGGGUACGACGGAUGGCCAAGUCUGGGAAACCUAUAUCGAACCGUCCACCGAAUUCUACCGUCGAGAAGAGCGCUACGCCACCUCAAUAUACAGAACGCCGGAUGCGUCUCCAGUGACAGGUAUAUGGGCGGAGCCGGUACCCGCGAGGGCCGAGCAGCGGAGGGUAUUAGUAGCCACGCAUGGUAGGCUGUCAAGUUUCGUCGGACGGACCAGCAGAUCCGGCAAAGAGGGUGGAGGAUCCAUAUACGCGGACCUCUUCCAACGGGAGACGCCCGUUAUCUAUGAGAUCGACCGGCCGUCUGGCUCUGCACCGUCAACGCUGGCUGUUUCGCCGCCUGGGUCCGAUGCUCACCACGCGGAUGGUCCGGCCGAGAGAGAAUUUGCAUGGCUUAGUUCACAGGGUGUGUAUCACGGCUCACUUCCGACCUCGGUGGACAAUAUCAACAAGCCAUUUGACAGCGCGACUAUGCUCCCGCGAUCUGUGUUUCCAGCUUCGAAAUCCGCCCGAGGAGGUAAAAAGCUUAUUCAAGAUCCAAUCACUGCCAUGACGUUGUCCGAAUGGCAUAUCCUGGUGCUUGUCGAAGGCAGGAUCAUUGCCGUGAACCGCAUGAAUGAUAAGAUUGUUUUUGACCAGGAGAUUUUGGAACCGGGACAGGGCGCUCUUGGUCUUGUAACAGAUGCAGUGAAACACACCUACUGGCUAUUCACCAACCAAGAGAUUUACGAAAUCUGUGUGGAAGACGAAGACAGAGACGUUUGGAAGAUAUUCUUGAAGAAGCAAAAGUUCGACCAAGCCUUUGAAUAUGCCCACACCAGCUCCCAAAAAGAUGCUGUUGCCACUGCCUCGGGCGACUAUCUUGCCAGCAAAGGCCGCUAUCUAGAAGCGGCGGGAGUCUGGGGUAAGAGUAGCAAAGGCUUUGAGGAUGUCUGCCUGACACUAAUCAAGCGUGGCCAACAUGAUGCUCUGCGGAAGUACUUGCUUUCUCAACUCUCAGUGUAUAAAAAGUCGUCCUCAAUGCAAAGGAUCAUGGUUGCAAGCUGGCUGAUUGAAGUUUUCAUGACGAAACUCAACUCGCUCGAUGACAACAUCACUACCAAAGCAGAGCUUGCUGAAGGGGCAAGCACUGAAGAAAUUGAGACUGAACUCCGGGCCGUUCGAAGUGAAUUCCAGGAGUUCGUGACCAAGUACAAGUUUUUUUUUUAUCAUAAGACUGCAUACGAUAUCAUCAGUAGCCAUGGGCGAGAAAAGGAGCUAUUGUACUUUGCUACUGUGGUCAAUGACCAUAAUUUUGUCCUGUCGUACUGGACUCAAAGGGAGAACUGGAUUGAGGCUCUCAACGUAUUGCAAAGACAAAGUGAGCCCGAAGUUUUCUACAAGCACAGCAGCGUCUUGAUGACCCACGCUUCGACCGGAUUAGUCGAUAUUUUGAUGCGACAGACAAACCUGGAGCCUGAGAAGCUCAUACCUGCGCUGCUGAACUACAACAACACCGUGAAUGUGUCCUUGAAUCAGAACCAAGCGGUUCGAUAUCUCAACUUUAUCAUCGCUAACCAUCCAAGACCUUCGGCUGCAGUUCAUAAUACACUCAUAUCGUUACACGCUUCUAGCCGCUCAUCUUCAGAAGCAGGCCUUCUAACAUACUUGCAAUCCCAGCCGUCAUCCCCACCCCCAUACGAUGCCGAUUUCGCUCUACGCCUUUGUAUUCAGCACCAGCGUGUUCAGUCAUGCAUCCACAUUUACAGCGCCAUGGAACAGUACUUGCAGGCGGUCGAGUUGGCCUUACAGCACGAAGACAUUGAGAUGGCAGCCAUUAUCGCUGACCGGCCAGAGGGAAACAAUAAACUACGGAAGAAACUCUGGCUUCUGGUUGCCGAGAAGAGGAUCCGGCAGCCAGGGACAGGCAUCAAGGAUGCCAUCGAGUUCCUUCGAAGAUGCGAGCUGCUCCGAAUUGAGGAUUUGAUACCAUUCUUCCCAGACUUUGUCGUCAUUGACGACUUCAAGGACGAGAUAUGCAGCGCUCUGGAAGACUACUCCCGACACAUCGAUGCCCUGCGACAAGAGAUGGAUAACUCUGCGCAAACGGCACGACAGAUACGUUCCGAGAUCGCCGGCCUUGACACACGCUACGCGAUUGUCGAGCCUGGCGAGAAAUGCUGGAUCUGCUCGCUCCCAGUACUCAGUCGGCAGUUCUUCGUUUUCCCCUGUCAGCAUGCCUUCCAUAGCGAUUGUCUCGGAAGAGAGGUCCUUGAAGGCGCCGGAGGGAAGAAGAAGUACAUUCGGGACCUUCAGGCGCAAUUGAACGAGGGAGCUCUCCCAGCUGCACGACGGGAAGAGAUAGUAAAGGAGCUAGACGGGUUAAUCGCAGAAGCUUGCAUCCUCUGCGGCGAUCACGCGAUCAAACAAAUCGAUAAACCAUUCAUAACAUCUUCCGAUAACCUCGAUGAGUGGGCUCUAUGA